GACUAUAAUGCCGAAAAUACUAAGUUGCCUAGCACUUGGCAUUUAUUUCCCAUUCACAUAUUACUUACGUUCAAAAUUUUUACCUUGCCUUGUGCACUGCUUCAAAUAUUAUUCCUGGGAGAAAUGUGAACCAGUUAAUUUUGAAAAUAUGUUAUUUAUGUCGGCUUGGGUCGGCGCCAGUGGAUUGCUGUGGGUAUCGUCGAAUUACACAGAAUUCCACUUUGUGUUCUCCUGGAUAAUUGUCACUUUUGAGUUAAUAGUGCUUGAGAUUUCUUAUAUGACCUAUGCUAUUAUUCUAACAAAAAAUCACGUUUGGAAUUGGCAAAUUAUAUUCUUCGGUAUCCUGGUCUUCAGCUUCGUUUUGGUUUUGUUACACGUGUUGGUAGCAAAAAAGAUUGUUAAAAACCACUUGAUCGAAAACAUUUUCAGGGUGCUUCCUGAUAAAACUGAUAACUAGUAUCUAAUUUGGUAUAUAGGCAUUAACUUCUUAAAACAAUCCUGCCGAAUUAAAAUAUAUAUAACUAAUUUCAGUAUUCAAAUUGAUUGAGAAUUGUGUUUUUAUUUAGUUUUAAAUUAAGACAUUAAAGUAAGACAUCAAAGCUUAAACUGAAUCAAAUUUAAAUUCUUUGGAAUAUAUACAUCAUAAAUCGUACAUGAUACACCAUACAUCAUACUCAUACAUCGUACAUUAUACAUCAUACAUAAUUCCGGAAUAGAACGGUAUUAUUGCUUUUUCUUGACAUUGCAAAGCUGGUGUACAAAACGCAAAAACUAUAUAAAAACUAUGUGCAUCUUCCAUGCAUAUCGAUUAGCUAAAUAACGGGUAUCUGAUAGCCGAGACACUGUUCUAGCUAUCCUUCUGUAUAUCUGUCCGUAUGUCCGUCCGUCUGUUUUGUACGCAAACUAGUCUCAGUCAGCAUAAAACGUUAUUGAAUGUCUUCAUUCCAUUCCACAUCACUGUGUUGCAAACUUCUGACUGAAAUGAAUAUACCCUCUGCAAGUGUUUAAUACACAAUAUAUCAUUCGGUAUACAUAUGUACCUUUUUCCUUAAGUGCAUAAUUACUUCUAGCUCGCGUUAUUUAUUGUUUCUGAAUGUAAUGACAUAAACUAAUUAAGCGGAAUUAUAAUUGAAGUGCUGCUAUUAUAUUUUGUUUACUCAAACAGAGGAAAACCUCCUUUUAUUAGUUGGAAUUUUGAAAGGGAACCAGAACAUCGAAAUGUGCAAGCCACUAUGCAUUGUCCUUGCAUCACUUUUACUAUUCCUGAGCGCUGUAAUUUCGCUUGUUUUUGAAUUUACAUAUACUAUUGUACGUUUUACUCAACCAGAAGUGCAUCGCGAAAUUUAUCGAACUACAGAAUUUUUGAUGUUCUUGGAAUUUUUAUCACUCUUUCUGGCGGGAUCUGGACUCUUUUUGAAUUACCUGAAAUUCAAAGUUAAAAUUAUUUUCUGCUUCUGGAUUAUAACUUUCUGUUUAUUGGAGGCCGAAGUACUCUUCUUAAUUUUCUGUGAAACCGCUCAAAAAUUUGACGCCUAUUCAAUUUUCCACUUCUUGCACAUCUGUUUUGCUAUAUAUUCUCUGGCUUCAGUUUAUGGAAAUUUCAAAGGUCUAAAAUAUUGUCCUACCAACGAAGUUCAAAUGGAGCUUGGAGAUGGAAAUAGUUAGUAUUAAUUUAACAAUUAUUAGCUGUCCUGUUUACAAAUAUACAGUUUUAUAAAUAUUGCGCCUGGAUGUAAACUUUUAAUAAACAGUUUAGGUGCUAAAUUUAAGUGUUAGUAUUAAAAAUAAAUUAUCUUGAUACAGAAGGUUUUCGAAAUUCAAAAAGACCAGAAGAAAUUUUCUUUUAGUCGCAGUGUUAUUUUGUGCCUUAAAAUGAUCCUUGGAUUAAAUUUGAAAGCGAA